UCUUACUAGGAGGUACAUGGGUCUCAUGUUGUUGCUCAUGACUAGCUACAUAAACCCUGGCAGUUUGAAUGCAGCAAUAGUAUCUGCCUGCUCCGUGUUUAGUAGCGGAUCAUCCCUUUCACUUCAUUAAUUUGGGAUCUGAGACAACGAGCACCUGCCAUAGGUGAACUUGCACGUGACGUUACGCAAUGAACGUUACAGUGACAGAGUGACUUCUCGCAGCUAAAACAAGCUAGCUUAGCUCACUAGCUCAGUGGGCUAAGUCAAACUUCUUUGGGUUUCUCCCCCUUGAGAAGCAAAGUGGACUGUGUCUGCGUGUCCAACAGCUCGGAUAUUUCACUAGCUCCUUAUCAACUUCGUGUCUGUAGCUAGCUACUUCAAAUGGCUUUAGUAACCGCGUUAAGAAGACUGGCUCACAUCCGGUUACGAGAAUAUUCCUGGAGGACGGCGGCAGUAACUUCGAGUGUUGGAGCCAGGCUGACUGGUCAGAGGAGUUUUACCACCGGCACACAGUCUCUAAGGUCAGACAACAAGGUGACUGUCCACUUCAUCAAUCGUGACGGGGAGAAGGUCACAGCAAAGGGGUCGCCGGGAGACUCACUGCUGGAUAUUGUCAUCAAUGAAGAUCUUGACUUUGAUGGCUUUGGGGCGUGUGAGGGAACCUUGGCGUGCUCCACAUGCCAUCUGAUCUUUGACGAGGACGUCUACAAGAGUCUGGGGCCAGUCACAGACGAGGAGAUGGACAUGCUAGAUUUAGCCUACGGCUUGACUGACACAUCUCGCCUGGGUUGCCAGAUCUGUCUGACAAAGUCUCUGGAUGGCUUGGUGGCCAGGGUUCCAGAGAGUGUAGCGGACAUCCGACAGAGCAAAGACGGAUCCUCUUAACCCCCGGCAGGGCAGCGUGGCUGUAGACAUUAUGGUUACGGCCGGUUAGGACUGAGAGAAUAAGCACAGGGACGAUGGUGGGUGUUAAUCUGUCAGCCGCGCUGGACUGCCACAGCGUUGUUUCCAUUUCUUUGAUUUUUUUAAGAAAUAUUUCCAAGUUACAGA